AUGUUUGCAUGUGGUAAAGGAUGCACAGAAAUAGUGCAAAUAUUGUUAGAAAGAGGAGCAGAUUAUAAUAAAUGGAAUAGAGAUGAGAAGUCACCUUUAAUACUUACCUGUUUUAAUGGAUGCACAGAGAUAGUAAAAAUGUUAUUAGAUAAAGGGGCAGAAUGUAAUACAUUGGAUCAAGUUGGCUGGUCACCUCUUAUAUAUGCCUCUUUUGAAGGAUACACAGAGAUAGUAAAGAUGUUGUUAUAUAGUGGAGCAGAUUGUGAUAAAUGUGAUAAAGAUGAGUGGUCACCUUUAAUGUUUGCCUGCAGUAGAGAAUUCACAGAAAUAGUGAUGAUGUUGUUAGAAAGAGGGGCAGAUUGUAAUAAAUGUGAUAAAGAUGAGAAGUCAGCUUUAAUAUUUGCCUGUGGUAAAGGAUACACGGAAAUAGUUAGGAUGCUGUUAGAAAGUGGAGCAGAUUGUAAUAAAUGA